ACCCGCCGGCUGGAGAACCUCCUGCAGACUGAAGCUCAGCUUGCGUGUCAGGUCACGUUCGGCAGUGGCGCGAGCAUCAGCGCGCGCACCUGUGGCCACUUCCCAGCCCUCCUUGCUGGAUGCGCUCGGGGCCGCCACAAGACCAGAAUGGCCACCCCACCGAAGAGGAGCUGCCCAUCUCCCGCGACCGGCUCUGAGGGGACCCGCAUCAAGAAAAUUGCCAUCGAAGGGAACAUCGCUUCAGGGAAAACAACAUUUGUGAAUAUCCUAAAACAGGUCUGCGAGGAUUGGGAGGUGGUUCCUGAACCUGUUGCCAGGUGGUGCAAUGUUCAAAGUGCUCAAGGUGACUGUGAGGAACUGACAGCAUCUCAGGAAAGUGGUGGAAAUGUUCUUCAGAUGAUGUACGAGAAACCUGAACGGUGGUCUUUUACCUUCCAGUCAUAUGCCUGCCUCAGUCGAAUACGAGCCCAGCUUGCUUGUCUUGAUGGCAAGCUCAAAGAUGCAGAGAAACCUGUAUUAUUUUUUGAACGAUCUAUAUACAGUGACAGGUAUGUCUUUGCAUCUAAUUUGUAUGAAUCUGACUGUAUGAAUGAAACAGAGUGGACAAUUUAUCAAGACUGGCAUGACUGGAUGAAUCAACAGUUUGGCCAAAGCCUUGAACUGGAUGGAAUCAUUUAUCUUCGAGCCACUCCAGAGAAAUGCUUGAAUAGAAUAUAUUUACGAGGAAGAAAUGAAGAACAAGGCAUUCCUCUUGAAUAUUUAGAGAAGCUUCACUAUAAGCAUGAGAGCUGGCUACUGCAUAGAACACUGAAAACCAACUUUGAUUUUCUACAAGAAAUCCCUAUUUUAACACUGGAUAUUAAUGAAGACUUUAAAGACAAACACAACGGUCUGAUUGAAAAGGUCAAAGAAUUUUUGAGCACUUUGUGAUUUUGCUGAAGACUACAGGCAACCAAAUGAUUCCAGCUUUGUGUAUCUUCGUAGCUCAAUAUUGAUACAAGUCUCUAGAAAACCCAGGUUUUUUACCAUUUUUGUUCCAAGAAAAAAAUUGUUUUGAUGAAUUCUAUAUAAAAGUUCACGAGCAGUUUCUUUUCUUUUAUGCUUUAAAAAAAAUUAAGACAUCUAAUUAUCUCUCACAACAUCUAGAGGUAGAUGGUUCCAGAGUAAGUACUGGCUAAAUUACACCAUAAAGGACCCAGCCUCCUUCUGUUUUCCCCUCCAUUAUUCUCCUCAGCGGGCUGUCUGCCCAUCCCCCCCUUGCUUCUUAUUUCACUGGUGACCAGUUUCUUAACUGGGAGCUUUAAUAUUACAUGUAAAUGGUAAUGUGACUCGUGUAAAUUAGUGUACCUAUUACAAGCUGAAAAGCGGGAUUUAAGGAAUCCCUAAAAAAGGAUUAUGAAGUUUUAUUUUAAAUACUUUUGAUCAAGUGUCUCCCCUUCCAUCUUAAUUUAUGUGGAAGAUAAGACCAGUUUAGUAUUUAAUUACUUCAUUGAUAUUUAUGAAUGUGUCUAUAACUCAUUAAUAAAGGAGCAGGUCAGACUUUGUUCCCAUUUUGUAAUGGCAUAACUUACCAGUAUUUAAUCUUUUUUUCCUGCUCUUGUUUCCACAUUUGUGGUAUGGGUGAGACUGCAUCUUUUUGCAUGGGAUUUUAGAGGAUUAAAGAUGAAAUGAUAACUUAAAAUGUUUCUGUACUUAAAAGAUAAAUGAGUUUAAAGUUUCAAUUUAUAUGGAGCUUAAAAUAGCUACCUACUUUCUCUCAGACCAUUCUUUUAGAAUGGAAUAUUACUCUUAUAGUUAAAAGAUGGUUUAAAUUAUGAUUGUCUUUAACUCAUUUGAGGUGAAAGUAUAGUUUUCCCUAAAUUUCUUCCCAUUUUUAUCAGUAAAAAUUUAGUGGAACAGAACAAGGGAUAAGUUUUUCUAUUUUAUUUUUUGUUGACCCUGUGCUGGGAAUGAGUAGUUUUUCUUUCCCUUUAUACUUGGUCAGAAGUCAAAACAGAAACUGAAGACAAGAUCGAUUAUCUUCUUAGCAGUGCAGUCUCUUUUAUCCCAGCUCUUACUUCCUGCCCUUACUUUCUUACUCUCUGGAUUAAUUAGGCAGCCUGCUAUUUUCUUCUUCUUCUUCUUUUUUUUUUUUUUUAGUUUUUAUUUAUUUAUUUUUUUAGUAAUCUCUAUACUCAACAUGGGUCUCCAACUCGCAACACCAAGAUCAAGAGUGCAUGCCCUUCUGACUGAGCCAGCCAGGCACCCUGGCAGCCUGCUGUUUGAAAGUUUAAAUGAAAGUCACACAUUUCUGCUUUGAGAGCAUCAUGAUCACUCAUCGUUUCACGGUUUCCUUUGCUUCUCUGUAGGGUUAUACCUUAGGGUUUUUUCCUCCUCCUCUAAAUUACUGAUAAAAAUCAUCUUGUUUUAUAUGUUCUGUAUCUUGAAAGCAUUAUCAUUUUUGUUAAGUAUAUAUAAGGAAAUAUAAUAGUAAAGAAGACAAGGAGGUAGAAUAGUUGUAAUUUUUUAAAAAUCUGCAUGGAUUCAUUUUAGGUCUGUAGAUAAAGUUUUUUUUCAAGUUUAUUUAGUUAAGGUGUGUAGUGUUUUUUUCUAUGUAUUUAACCUUUCUACUUGACAUUUUGGAAAAAUUCUGUUUUUGGAAAAUGAGGGGAAGAGUCACUUUGACUAUGAAACUCGUUUUCCUUUUUAAAAUGGCAUUUUUUGUUUUGGUUUUUUGAUAAUCAAGGAUGAUAAUUUUGUAGGUUAAACAUUGGGAUGCACUGAUCUUUUGAAAGGGAGACUUUGUCUCAAGUUCUACACUCACCAUGAAUAUUGAAACUCUCUCAUGAUAUUGUGUGGGGUUUUUUUGUUUGUGUUUGAUACAAAUGAAUUUACUUACUAAAUAUUAGCUUAAUAAAUAAGUAUAAAUCUCAUGAACUGUGAUAGAGCUAUACCCAUUGAAAUGAUUAUCUUUUUAAAAUUAAAAUUCUACUUUUGAAGAAAAAAAUUAUGAAUAUAAAAAGGUGACAGUGGUUUAAAUAACAUUGAAUCUGUUUUAAGUGAAGACAUAAUUUAGAGAUUUUUAGUAACCUCUAGAAAUGUUUAACUU